UGUUCGUCCUCUCCGUAGCUAGCUAAUGCUUGAAGAAACAGCAAGGAAAUAAACUAUACAAAGCUAUACUUUCUACUGCUUGCUAAUUUGCUACUUGUUCGAAACCCCCCACCCUCUCCAACCACCCGCUUUCUGCCACAGUCUAAUGGCGUCCUCACCACUUUGCCUCCUAUUCCUCCCUCUGCUCCUUUCCUCCAUUCUCUUGCUGAAUAACCCUGUCAAAUGUGAUGAUGAGGAAGAUAAUCUUUUCCAAGGCAUCAACAGCUAUCGAGCAUCCUUGAACCUGACAGUUCUAUCCACUAACGACAAUGCAGAGUGCCUUGCUGAAGAAAUAGCUGACCAAUUCAGGAAUCAACCCUGUACAAACACCACAGGCUCCAACACUGUACCAGGCACUGAACCUCAAUUCUCUGACUACCCUGUACUUUUAGCCAAAUGCCAUUUGAAUGUCUCCAACACACAGGAUGGGGUUAUAAUGCCUUCUUGCGUACCCAACUUAGAGUCAAGUCUUGUCCUCUCUAACUUCACCAAGUCUCAGUACUCGGGAAAUCUCAAUGACACUAAGUAUACAGGAGCCGGGAUUGGCUCUAAAAAUAAUUGGAUUGUUGUUGUGCUGACAACAAGCACAUCCACAGGAAGCUUUGCCCCUUCAACCAGUGCAGCCAGUCUGGUUUCCAGAAUUGGUUUGAUCUACCGCUUGCUGUUUUUCCUGAUGGGUUCUAUUUUGCUGUUGUAAACUACGCUGCAUGAGUGUUUCGUUUUUCUAAUAUAGAGAGAGAAUACAACCUAUUUGGUGGGGAAAAUAUGAACCCAUUCCUUCAUUCGUUGACCUGCCUUCCUGUGAGACAGUAGAAUGUUGGACAGGACUAUUUGCAGGGAGCAGAUUUGUUAUUGUUGUCGUUGUUGUUGAGUCAUGCACUUCUGGGUUUUAUGAGAUGAGACUUGGAGAAUCUAGAACUUAUUCAUUGCAGUUUAUCAAUGUAAUUUGGCGUGAUGGCUUCUGAUCCUCCAAACGUUUUUUGAAAACUUUGAGUUAACCUA